AUGCCGAUCGAAGGAGACUCCCGGUCUUCGAUCAUAGCUAACCACCUGGAUGUCCCGCCCUGGCGACAAAGACAGAUGGUCUUCGAUGCAAAGUUAGGAUAUAAUCCAGUUCGUUUCACAUUCCCCAUCCUCCCGCCUCUCAUAAUCGCAAUGCAGUUCUUCGACGUUUCUGAACUCGUGCUCGAAGUUUUCGAGCAUGUCUACAUAGCAGCACCUCAACAGGUUCACUUCCAGAGAUGCAUCCGCAGCCCUCUAGAAUCAGAACUCCAACGCCUACGCCUAUACACCCCCCUCAUUCGCUCAAUUACCGCCAGCGUCCAUAGUCUCAACAAUAGCGCCGCUCUUGCGUUUGACGCCAUCGUGCACGGCCUGACCACUAACAGACCACUGCUUCCAAACUUAAACCGGCUCAAGCUCAUCCAUUCAUACAACCCUCUUUUAGCUCAUGUCUCCCUCUUGCUGCACAACAGGUUACAAGCCCUCGUACUCCCGUAUUUUGCAGCAAGAAUAGAGUCUAUUGUCGGCGCUGUCAUCGCCGCAUCCCCACCAUUUCUAACACUUCAAUUUGUCGAUCAUCCCGAAAACAUGCACCAAUUCGUCCAAUCUAUCGACAACUUUUCAACGCUCCGGUUUCUAAUCAUCCCUCUCCUGGACGCUACAGGAAUGAGAGCCAUCGGUUCGCUCCCUAACCUGCUUACCUUAGGCAUCAUCAUCAACAACUCAUUGACCGAGUCCAGUAUCUCGGUGUUUCCCUUUGCAUUUGAUCACCAUUUAUCGCUGGUCAAGAUCAUGAUCCAACGAUCCACCCUCAUCACUAACUCGACCAAUGGCAUCGUCAACAACGGUUAUGAUUCCGUGAGGGCUCUCUUACAUGCGCUACCCAUCCCUUGUCGCCGGCUGGCCAUAUGGCUCCCUUGUGACUAUGGUGGCGCCGCAUUGGCACAUUUCAUUGCCUCCCUCGUGGUUGACUUUGAGUCCCCGAGCGAUGGCGCAUUCUCUCUUAGCGACCUGCACGGGAUAUCACUGAGGCUGAUCCAUUGCGAGCCACGCAUCACCACUCCCUUGCCAUCCAACUUCUUGUAUCCCCUGUCAUCGCCUGUGAUCACCUACAUUGACAUGGGUGAUGUUUGCGGGUGCAGUUUGGAUGACGACGCGCUAGAAGCCAUAUCGUCUGCGAUACCCAAUCUCGAAACAUUCCUACUGGGCACCAAGCGUUACUGGACAGCUCCUCCCAGGGUGACUCUCGCAGAACUUUCUGCUGUCUUGCGUCACUGCCCGGCAUUGAAGAAACUUGGGCUCGUCUUCAAUUGCAGUAUUGGAGCCUCACAGUACGUGGUCCCCAUGAAUACAGCCAUAACAACUCUGCUGGUCGGCGUAUCCCUACCUUACAAUCCCAACUAUGUUAUUUACUUCCUUUCCCGCGCGUUGCCCCAUCUGUCUAAAAUUUGUAUCGAACUCUACGAUGAUCAGGAAUCGUCUGAUAAAACCGACAUAAUCACGUGA